CGCCGGGCGGGAGGGUUUUGCGGUUGCGCUCGGGCGGCCAUUUUUAAAGCAUUUCCGGCCUGGGCUCUGCUUCGCCAGUUUGGGUUCUCGUUCCUCGGGAUUGUCGGGACGGUUUCGGCAUCUUUCUCCCGGGUUUGUGAAGAUGUCUGACUUUGUGGAGAGCGAAGCUGAGGAGUCUGAGGAAGAGUACAACGAGGAAGGGACAGUGGUACAGAAAAAGCCCAAGAAAUUCAUGGAAGAUGAUGAUGAGGAGGAAGAGGAGGAGGAUGAAAAUGCAGAUGACCAGGAUGAACAAGGAAAUUUAAAGGACUUCAUUAAUGAUGAUGUAGAAGAAGAUGAUGAGGAAGAGGAGGAAGAGGAUGAUGAUGACGAUGGAGCCAGUGAAGGUUCCGGAGGUUCAGAUCCCAUCACAAAAAAAAGAAAGCGUAAAACUUAUGAUGACAGACUGGAAGAUGAUGAUUUUGACCUAAUCGAGGAAAACUUGGGUGUCAAAGUCAAAAGGCAAAAAUUCCGGCGUGUGAAAAAAGUAUCUGAUGAUGAAGAUGAGGAGGAAGAAGAAACUACCAAGAAAGGACAUGAAAAAGAGGCUAUUGCUGAUGAACUUUUUCCAGAAUAUGAAGGGGAAGAAGGAGAGCAGGUUGAAGCACCAGUGGCAGCUCCUGAAGAGGAGGAGGAGGAGGAAGAGGAGGAGUCAGAUAUUGAUGACUUCAUUGUUGAUGAUGAUGGACAGCCAAUCAAAAAACCAAAAUGGAAGAGAAAGUUCCCAGGGUACACAGAUGCUGCUCUUCAGGAAGCUCAGGAGAUCUUCGGAGUAGAUUUUGAUUAUGAUGAGUUUGAAAAAUACAAUGAGUACGAUGAGGAGCUGGAGGAUGAAUACGAGUUUGAAGAUGAAGAAUUGGGAGAAGGUGAAACAAGGGUUCGCCCAAAGAAAACCACCAAAAAGCGUGUCAGCCGCCGCAGUAUCUUUGAGAUCUAUGAGCCCAGUGAGCUGGAGAGCAGUCACCUCACAGACCAGGACAAUGAAAUUAGAAUUACAGAUAUGCCGGAAAGAUUCCAGCUUCGUGGCAUUCCAGUCAAACCUGCUGAAGAUGAUGAGCUAGAGGAAGAGGCUGAGUGGAUUUACAGAAACGGUUUCUCAACGCCUACUAUUUCUUUACAGGAGAGCUCAGAGUACCUGGAACGUGGUCAGGGUGUCAGCAACUUUAGCCGAAAAGGCCCCGCUACUAUCCAGAAGAUAAAAGAAGCACUCAAUUUUAUGAGGAACCAGCACUUUGAGGUGCCUUUCAUUGCAUUCUACAGAAAGGAGUAUGUGGAGCCAGAACUGAACAUCAACGACCUGUGGAAGGUCUGGCAAUGGGAUGAGAAGUGGACACAGCUGAGGACUCGAAAAGAAAACCUUACCCGACUGUUCCAAAAGAUGCAGGCAUACCAAUAUGAACAAAUCUCUGCUGAUCCAGAUAAACCAUUGGCAGAUGGAGUUAGAGCACUUGAUACAGCAGACAUUGAAAGACUGAAGGAUGUACAGUCGACUGAUGAGUUGCGAGACGUGUAUAAUCACUUCCUGCUGUAUUAUGGUCGUGAUAUUCCAAAAAUGCAGAAUGCAUCAAAGCCAAGGAAAAAGAAGUACAAAAAGAACCAGCAGGGUGGAGAGGAUGAAGAGGAAGGAGAGCGGGAUGAAGAGAUUGAAGAUGAUGAACGUCAUGGGCCAGAACUUAAGCAGGCUUCUCGCAGAGACAUGUAUACUAUCUGCCAGACUGCUGGUCUAGAUGGGCUUGCAAAGAAGUUUGGUCUGACGCCUGAGCAGUUUGGUGAGAACCUGCGAGACAGUUACCAGAGACAUGAGACAGAACAGUUCCCUGCUGAACCUCUAGAACUGGCAAAAGAUUAUGUCUGCAGUCAAUUUCCAACUCCUGAGGCUGUUCUGGAAGGUUCUCGAUACAUGGUGGCCAUGCAGAUUGCCCGAGAACCAUUGGUCAAGCAAGUUGUAAGACAGACCUUCCAAGAGAGAGCCAAGAUUAAUAUUACUCCCACAAAGAAAGGCAAAAAGGAUAUUGAUGAAGCGCAUUUUGCUUAUUCGUUCAAAUAUGCAAAGAACAAGCCAGUCAAAGAAUUAAGAGAUGAUCAGUUCCUGAAGAUGUGCCUUGCUGAAGAUGAUGGUUUGCUAACAAUUGACAUCUGUAUUGAUAUGAAAGGAGUUGAGGGUUACGGAAAUGACCAGACUUAUUUUGAUGAAAUCAAGCAAUUUUAUUACCGUGAUGAAUUCAGCCAUCAAGUGCAAGAGUGGAACAGACAGCGCAGCAUGGCAAUUGAACGAGCAUUGAACCAGUUCCUCUACCCACAGAUGGGCAAGGAGUUGAAAAACAAGUUGCUGAUUGAGACGAGGGACUAUCUUUGCAAGUGUUGUAGCCGAAAACUUUACAACUGGCUGAAAGUCGCACCUUAUCGACCGGACCAGCAGAAUGAAGAAGACGAUGAUGACUUUAUGGAGGAAAAUCAGGGUAAAGGAGUUCGAGUGCUAGGUUUGGCAUUUUCGGGAGAAAGGGAUACACCGGUCUUCUGCUCGCUUGUUAAUGGAGAGGGUGAAGUGACAGAUUUCCUACGUCUGCCUUAUUUCUUGAAGCGAAGGAAUGCUUGGCGAGAAGAAGAGAGAGAGAAAAAGGCACAUGAUAUUGAAACUUUGAAAAAGUUUCUUCUAAAUAAGAAGCCUCAUGUUGUGGCUGUGGGUGGAGAAAAUAGGGAUGCACUUAUGGUUGUAGAGGACAUAAAACGAAUAGUGCAUGAAUUAGAGCAGGAGCAUCAAAUGUCACCCAUCGGAGUGCAGCUGGUGGACAAUGAGUUAGCUCUUCUCUACAUGAAUAGUAAAAAGUCCGAGAAUGAUUUUAGGGAUUAUCCACCAUUGCUUCGUCAAGCAGUAUCAUUGGCUCGUCGGGUACAGGAUCCACUUGUAGAGUUUGCUCAAGUUUGCAGUUCAGAUGAAGACAUUGUUUGUCUCAAAUUCCAUCCAUUGCAGGAACAAGUAAUAAAAGAAGAAUUAUUGAAUGCACUUUACUGUGAGUUUAUAAAUCGAGUGAAUGAAGUAGGUGUGGACGUAAACAGAGCAAUAACCCAUCCACAUACUCAGGCACUGGUUCAGUAUGUCUGUGGUCUAGGACCUCGUAAAGGAUCGCACCUGCAGAAGAUCCUCAAACAAAAUAACACUCGCCUGGAAAACAGGACCCAGCUAGUCACGAUGUGCCAUAUGGGCCCAAAAGUCUUCAUCAAUUGUGCAGGAUUUAUUAAAAUAGAUACUGCAUCAUUAGGGGACAGUACUGAUUCCUACAUUGAGGUCCUGGAUGGCUCUAGAGUUCACCCUGAAACUUAUGAGUGGGCCAGGAAAAUGGCUGUGGAUGCACUCGAAUACGAUGAAUCAGCAGAGGAUGCUAACCCAGCUGGAGCACUGGAAGAAAUUUUGGAAAAUCCUGAGCGACUAAAGGACCUUGACCUUGAUGCAUUUGCAGAAGAACUGGAGAGGCAGGGGUAUGGUAACAAAGGUAUCACACUGUAUGAUAUUCGAGCUGAGCUGAGCUGCAGGUAUAAGGAUUUGCGUGUACCAUGCCGUGCAGCAAAUUCAGAGGAAAUUUUCAACAUGCUAACUAAAGAAACUCCAGAGACUUUUUACAUUGGUAAAUUAAUUACAUGCAACGUGACAGGGAUCGCUCACAGGAGACCCCAGGGCGAAAGUUAUGAUCAAGCUAUCAGGAACGAUGAAACUGGUCUCUGGCAGUGUCCUUUCUGCCAGCAAGACAACUUUCCAGAACUUAGUGAGGUUUGGAAUCAUUUUGACAGCGGUGCCUGCCCUGGUCAGGCUAUAGGAGUGAAAACAAGGCUAGACAACAAUGUUACAGGUUUCAUUCCAACAAAGUUCCUCAGCGACAAAAAUGUUAAACACCCUGAAGAAAGGGUCAAGAUUGGUAUGACUGUGCACUGCAGAAUAAUGAAGAUAGACAUUGAAAAAUUCAGUGUGGACCUUACGUGUCGAACGUCUGAUCUAAUGGACAAGAACAAUGAAUGGAAAUUGCCCAAGGACACAUAUUAUGACUUUGAUUCUGAGGCUGCAGACCGGAAAGUGGAAGAUGAUGCAAAGAAGAAACAGCAGCGCACAACAUACAUCAAGCGCGUAAUAGUGCACCCGUCAUUCCACAAUAUCAACUUCAAGCAGGCCGAGAAGAUGAUGGAAACCAUGGACCAAGGAGAUGUUAUCAUCAGACCUAGCAGCAAGGGAGCAAACCACCUCACUGUAACUUGGAAAGUGACAGAUGGGAUCUAUCAACAUAUAGAUGUGAGAGAAGAAGGCAAAGAGAAUGCCUUCAGUUUGGGACAGUCUCUUUUGAUUAACAAUGAGGAAUUUGAAGAUCUUGAUGAAAUUACUGCUCGCUAUGUGCAGCCAAUGGCAUCUUUUGCUCGUGACCUGCUGUAUCACAAAUACUACCAGGAUUGCAGUGGUGGAGACCGCAAGAAAAUGGAAGAGCUGCUAUCAAAAUCCAAAAGGGAAAAGCCUUCUUUUAUUCCCUAUUUUGUUUCAGCGUCAAAGGAACUGCCAGGAAAAUUUUUGUUAGGCUACCAACCUCGCGCUAAGCCAAGGGUAGAGUUUGUUACAGUGACACCAGAAGGAUACCGCUACAGAGGUCAUGUCUUCCCAACUGUGAAUGGACUAUUUAGAUGGUUUAAAGAUCAUUUCCAGGAUCCUGUGCCAGGUAUUACGCCUUCAAGUACAAGCAGAUCUAGCAGAACACCUGCCUCUAUGGAUGCAACACCAGCUAAUAUUAAUUUGGCAGAUCUUACGCGAGCAGUUAAUGCUCUCCCACAGAACAUGACGACACAGAUGUUCAAUGCCAUAGCAGCUGUUACUGGACAGGGUCAGAAUCCAAAUGCUACGCCAGCACAGUGGGGAUCUAGUCAGUAUGGCUAUGGAGGAAGCAGUGCCUAUCACGUUUUUGCAACUCCUGCGCAGCAACCGGUAGCAACACCAUUGAUGACUCCAAGCUACUCAUACACAACACCCAGUCAGCAACCAUUGACAACACCUCAAUAUCAUGGUAAUGCUACACCCCAAGCUUCUGUCAUACCACCAUCUACAACCCGACAAAGGUCACAGCCAAAGACUUCAACUGCUCAUACUGCAGUCGACUGGGGUAAAAUAGCGGAACAGUGGCUGCAGGAAAAAGAACAGGAAAGACGAAAACAGAAAGCAAAGAUGACUCCUCGACCUUCCCCGAGUCCUAUGAUUGAAGGGACCCCAAUGUCCAUCGCUGGUGACGCCACCCCAUUGCUAGAUGAAAUGGAUCGGUAGAGGACAAAAUGAACAGCAUUUGAACUUUAAUCCCACCUUAGUUGGGUCUGCUAUUUUCAGUGUUUCCCUACACCAAGCAUCUACAAAUUAGCUAGGGAUUUUGUUUUCUAAGCUAUGUAUUGGCUAUUUUCGGAAUGUCUGUGACACUCAGUAUUGCCCGUACAACAGGAAGUGUGAUGCUUUCAGAAACCCAAGGGAAAUCACUGGAAUGCCGGAGUGGAUAGGCCAAUGGGCUUGUGUACUAUGCCAAAUGGCUGAACCAGUGAGUGCAUAUCCCUGCCCUACUGGGGUUUGCACUUGUGCAAGAAAUGCCAGUUUACACACAGCCUAAUUUUAAUUUCUACAGAGCUCAAAUUUCAGAACGUUUGUAGUUGUUAAGUAAUGGAUAACUCUAAAGCAUACUGGUUAUCACCUGCUUGACAAACACAAAUGCUUCAUAUACUAUAAUGGUGUACAUAAGUGGGUAUAUGCAAAAUUGUUUUGUUUUUUUAUGCUUGUGGUGAAACUUGACAACAACAAACCAAUCACCAUGUUCUGGUGGGAAAAGAUAGUUUAAAUUGUACUUGAUUUAAUGAGAUCUUUUUCCCUUUAAAUAAAAGAGCAUUUAGUUUUCAUGACACUUUCUCACAUUCUGGUCAUUUUUUAACUUAUCAAAUCAGAACAAUAUAUUUCAGUUACAUAAUAAGCACGUGAAGUAUCAAAUGAUUCAACCAUAAAUAGCUUAACUUCUGCAUCGGUAUUUCAAAACAAUUCAGUAUGUAAAUGAUGGCAUAAAGGGUAAUACAUGAGGGAUUUGCAUAAUCUGAGUGAGAAGUUUGAUCAGCUUACAAUCCCUGAAGUCCAAUGGUGUGUUAAUAAAUGUGUGUGUGUGUGUAUAUGUAUAAAUAUAUAUAUGUAUAUAUAAUAGUGGGUUUAUUCCAUUUUCAGUUUUUCUUUGCAGCAGCAAAUGAUGUUCUGACAGAUGGAAUCUAGGCUCUUACUAUUGUACCAAGUCAUUUGAGCUGGAGUACCAUUGUGCAAUGUCAUUUGAUCUGCAGCAUUUGGUUGUAGUAAUAUAUUACAGGGUAUGCUGUUUCCCUACAGCAGGUACUGAAAUGAAAUAUGCUUCUGUGGUCCAAAUCACUUGGUAUGAUAGUGCUUCAGCUCAACUCAGCUCACCCAGUCGACAGUCUAUCCUGUGGCUUCUGCUACUAGCAGAAAACCAUCCCACACAUUCCACUUGUAAGGAAUGAAAAAGUGAUUGGAACAGAUGUACCAUUUUUGAUAUCUGUAAAGUCACCUGAAUGCCUUCAUAUUAUUCCCUUGUAAGAUUCCAACUUGUGUGCUCUAUAUUUUUCAUUGUUGAGGCAAAAUAGCACCCAAUGUAUAUUAAAUUACUCCAUAUGUCACAUUUGUCAAUGAUGCAAUGUAAAACCCUUUCAAAAACAUGGCUCAGAAAUAAUUGAAGGCCGAGUAUUUACAGUACUGUAUUAUCCAAGAUAUUUAACCAUAUGGAGAUUGUAGCCAGUUUGUAUUAAAUAUUUGUGUUGCUUAUGGAAAAGCAUCAAUGUGAAUUACUAUCACCCUCCUUCAUCUGUAUUUCAUUACUGAAAUUGGACACCUUCUCUGAAACUGGGCCACACCUGGAUUAAAGGUGCUUGAACUCAAGGCAAUAUGGUUUCAAUACGGAAUAAUAUAAAGUUUUUAGAAAUAGUGCAUUGUCCAAAUAUUUGUUUCCAACUUGGUUUUUUAAUCAAUAAUAAAGCAAGUCAGGGAAGUUACUUUCACAGUUGGAGGGUGAAGUUUUCAGUUGAAAAGUGGUAAAUUAGUAAUGAUUUACUCAUGAGACAUAUUUGGGGUGUGCUUGUUGUACUUUAAUAAACAUUUAAGCAUUUGACCUAAUGCAAUGUCUUGUUUACCAAAAUAAUUAAACACAACUUGUUUAUUCAUUAAAAUUUACAGUAGCUCAAACACUGAAAUUAAUGGAUUUGCAAAGGUUUACGAAACUGAGUCCAUGUCUUAUCUAACGCCGUUGAAAUGUUGGAGUUAGAUAGUUUGACAAGGUAGUGGUCCCUAUCAAGUAGGAAGGAUAUAUUAAAAUAAAAGCAAAAUAGUGUGGCUGCUGGAAAUCUGAAAUAAAAACAAAGUGCUGGAAAUACUCAGCAGAUUUGGCAGCAUCUAUAGAGAGGCAAUAGAGUUAAUGUUUUGAGUUGAAUAUGACUGUUCUUCAGAGCAGGAAGAAUACAUUGUCUAUCCAGAAUGAUUGAUCCAUGAGAGCUUCAUUAUGUAUUUAAUCUUUUUGCAUUAUGGAAUAAUUUGACACAAUCUUGAAUGAUGUCACCUUGAAGAGGAGAGUUGACAUUUUCACCUCGUUAACUAAAGUAUCUAAAGCUUUUGUUCUGAAUAAAAGUACUGUGAAUUCAAAUCUUAUUAAACAUGCAAUUUGUAGUUGCACCAAGCAGGUACAAAUGUUAACCGUAUGCAAUUUCAGUAAAUCAGCUAUGGCACAGCUAACUGACCUGCAAAAACAUCUGAAUUUGCAGAGUUGUAAUUAGGAUGAAUGUGAGCUAGCUUGGGCUGUACACUGAAGGCAGUUUUAUGCAGACUGGGAAACUGUAUUAUGCUUUGAAUUAUAAUGUUAUAAUGUUAUUCUGUUCCGUUUUACACUGAAGAAAAACAUAUUUAAACCUAUAUUGUUACUAGUAUCUUAAAUCUACUUAUCUGUUCUUUUAUUCUUGAGAAUGCCUUUUCCCACUGAUUACUUAUGGUGGGAAAUAUAUGGAAAAUAAUGGGAUUCUCUUUGCAUUCUAUUAUUUCAAUAAUUUAAAGUUUUAUGGUUUCAUAAAUGAGCGUUACCAUGUAUUUGCAACACAAGGAAAUUUAAACCAUAUCAUGCUUUCCAUUCUUGAUGUCUAUUGUAUCUUUCCAUGAAUAAAGCAAAUACACCAGGA